CCAUGACCUGUAGGAAUGGCAUGUUAUUGAUCCACUGUAGUCUGCUUGCUAUGUGAGUUAGUAAUGGCUCACCUAGUACACAUAUCAUGCAGUGUUUGCUCUUGCAGUAGGAACUUUCUUCAAAUGGUGGUAUCUUCAUCAGAUAAGAGACGGUUUUGUGCAUAAUGUGCCCUUAAAAUAAGUGUCUCAUUCUACAUAUAGUAUGUUUCCCUUGGCAUUGAGCUUUUAUGUACCUACGCAUUAAAAACUGGCCUAGAAAUAAUGUUAUAGAUUAAAAUAUGAAUUCAUGGCUGAAGUAGACUUCAAUCCAAGUGUACAGAAUUAUAAAAGUGGUUGUGAGGAACAAGAAUUAUGGUGGUGGAAGACUUCAAUUACAAGAUAUAGUUCACAUAUGGAUGACAGUUUUAUUGUGUUGGCUCUUCAUUGUGCAGCUUCUGAAGGGAAUACAGCUGACUUGCAGGAGCUCCUCAGUUUUUCUACAGUUGAUAUGAAUGCUGCAAACAAGCAUGGUGAAACAGCGGCACAUAUUGCAGCUGAGCAUGGGCAGUUAGCAGUUUUAACACUACUUCAGAAGCAUGGUGCUAAUCUCCAGAAUGUAGAUGAACAUGGAGAUACCCCACUUAUAUGUGCUGCUAAACAUGGUCAUUUGGACAUUGUACGAUUUCUUCUCCAAGCUGGAAUGGUAGUGGGAGUCCAAGAUAAGACUGGAAACACUGCACUCCAUCAUGCCAGUUCUCAGGGUCACUUGGAGUGUGUACGCUGUCUUGUGGAGUGUGGGGCCUGUCUGGACAUGACAAAUUAUUAUGAAUCUACUCCUCUUCUUAGUGCUUUAUAUAAUAGACAGGUCCAAUGUUCCAUGUUCCUCCUACACUCUGGUGCAGAUAUAGAUGUACAAGACAAGGAUGGCAAUACACCUGUCCAUUUAGCAUCACGUGAAGGACUUCUGACAGUUGCACAGACUCUUUGUGCAUUUGGCUGUAAUGUAGAUAUUGCCAAUAAAGAUGGGUUAUAUCCACUGCAUCUCGCUGCUAGGCAUGGUCAUAUGGAAGUAGUCAGAUGUCUUUGUCUAGCUGGCUGCAACAUACAUCAGAGAAAUAGUGAAGGGAUCAAAGCAGAGAUUACAGCACUUAAACAUGGUUACAAUGAUAUUGGUGACUUGCUCAGCAACCUACGAAAUAGUUCACGCCGCGAGGAGUUCAUCAAACAGUUGAUACCUACUUCUCAACCUCUCACAAGGAUAAAUGUUAAGUUUUUUGGUCAUUCUGGUGUGGGAAAAUCAACUCUAAUUGAAUCUCUGAGAGCUGGCUACUUCUCUAGCUUCUUCCGCAAAAGUAAACCCCCAGCUGCUGGUAGCAGCACUGGAACAAAUGGGUCAACAUCUCCUGGUAGCAAAAUGCAAAUUGAAAUGGAUAUAACAUCAUCUCAGAGCUCCCUAAGUUUUGGCACAUACAAUUACCAGUAUACACGUGGCAUUGAUGUUCAACAGGUGUCAAUUUCUGGAGUGGGAGACCUUACGCUGUGGGAGUUUUCUGGGCAGGACACAUAUUUCUUCCUAUAUGACCACUUUCUGGGCAGCACAAACUGCCUACAUGUUGUGGUGUUCAGUUUAGAGGAUUCUGCUAGCGUGCAGUACCAGCAAUGCUGCUUCUGGCUGGCGUUCUUGCAAGCACGGAUACCACCCACUGAACCACUAGGUGACCGUGGGGUAGCAAGCAGAGUGGCACCAGUCUUGUUGGUGGCAACACAUCCUGAUACUUCACGUGUACCUCGUACAUCCCAAGGCAAUUAUAUCAGUUCCCAGGCAGAAAGGUUGUUGAAACAGCUCACUGACAAAUUUGGGGCAGUUUUUGAGCUUCAUCAGCAAGUUCUCAUUGUGGAUGCCCAUCUUUCUAGCUCACCAGGCAUCAGGGCUAUUAAGUCCUAUUUAGCAGAUGCCAAACAGAAGGUUCUACAGGGUGGUGGAGUUGGACUUGUAAAGCCCCAUGGUGCAGGUCACAAGGAAUAUAACCUACUAGCCGAAUCUGCAGUAAUGGAUGCUGGUGGCCAGGGUGUUAAAAAAUGGACAGGUUUCUUGGAAGGAGUUGUAAAUUGGUUGCCAAGCAUACGUAGAAAUUCAGCAAAUUUUCCUGUGGUACCCUGGUUCACAUUUGUUGAUUUGGUGCACACUAAUGUGAAUCCAUUGGCUGCAGAGGAGCACAUGAAGGAAUUGAUGCAACAGCUGCAGCUUAUGGGAGAGGUGGUGUACAUAAAAUUUCAGUACCAGGAUCUGGUAUGUUUGCAACCUUGCUGGCUGUGUAGCAAUGUGAUCGGUCAUUUACUGUCCCUGGAUUUUGUGGCUAAUGCUAGAGUAACAGGCUGCUACACUGUGGAUGACUUCCAAGUAGCUUUCUCUGAAUGUGAGGCACUUGAUGUUUUGCAAGUGCUGGAAGCCUUGCAGAUAUGCACUCAGUGUGACAAUGAUGGUGAGCUAGAAUUUGAGUUUCCAUGUUACAACUUUGUGGAAACACUGGAUGGACUCUGGGAUGCCUCAGAUCCUCGUUACCAUGAUCCAGAUAGCUGCUAUGGUGGAGUGAAGCUCAAGUCACCACGAGACACUUUUCAUCUUAUACAUAGCAUUUUUCCACGAAUACAGGUCCAACUUCGCCGAGUUGUACAAAGUAUUGGAGACCCAGAUAGUGAUCUGUACCAGUGGUUUGAGGGAUCUAAGUUAUGCUCAGGUCCUAUUGAAGGUCUGAUUACACUAGAGGAUGAUAGAGAAGCCAUUGAAAUUAAAGUCAGAGGACCACCCACAUCAGAAUUAGCUUGUUUUUACUUUGUAGAAGAACUCCUUGGCCUUAUAGAUCAGGUUUUGCUUGAAAUGAGCCCAGGUUUACCAAUCGAGAAGCAUAUUUUGAGUGCAGAGCAGCUGCGUCUUCACAGUGAUUUGGUACAUUGUUGGCCACCUGAUCAACUUAUGGAAUGCAUUUUGCAGCCAUCCUGCCUCAAUGCAAAGUUGUUCAACCCUCUUACAGGAAAUUAUGAAUCUGUGCUGGAUCUAGUUGGAUUCGGAGCAUCUGAGGUGGUCAAGCUGGUAAUCAGUGGGGAUGAACUACCAGUGACAACCCUAUCAACAGUAUGUCGGCAACAGCUGUGCAGACUCUUGGAUCCUCCUGAUUCACUGGGGAAAGACUGGUGUUUGCUUGCUGUACAGUUAGGCCUAGCAGAGAAAGUUGCAUUGCUGGAUGUGGCUGGCAGCUCUAGAAGUAGAACUGCUAUGCUUCUAGAUGAAUGGGCUAAAGUUAAGGCUUCGGGAAUUGGAAUGCUUAUCCAGAAGUUGAAAGAUUUAGGUCGUGAUGAUGUAGCAGAAAUUCUCUUAAGAAGUGCACCUCUUUAUCGCAUUGUUCCAACACCAGUACAACAAGAUCCACCUACUAAUGUUUCAUGUAAAUCAUGUUCCACUCUUUCAUGAUGAUCAUGACUAUUACAUCCAAGACUCAGUAACUUUAUGAACAGUUGCCCAUCUAUGACUGGCUACAGCAUCAGUAAAUGUGACACAACGGAUGUGGUGAAACUACUGCACAAAAUCCCUCCUGCUACAUACAUAGUUAUUUCAUUUUGUAUAUUGAAUGGAAUUUGCUUUUGAAGACGCCAUUUUGUAUUAAGCUAGAAUUACAUUUUUAUGAAAAUUGUUGUAAAGGGCUAUUAUUUUUCUUUGUGCUUUAGCAACAAUGAAAAGAAUACAAUGAGAAUAAAUGCUAGAUAAUUUUGAUGUCCUAUCCUGUGGCCGCGUCUUUCAAAUGUAGGAGAGGGAUUGACUUUUAACAGGUACUUAGAAUGGCACUAUCUUGUCAUUAGAGCAGGGUUGGGCAAACUUCAUAGUAUUAUAUCAUAUUAACAACCCUUAUUUUAUUAGUGGAAUGGAGCAAAGCAAAAUUCCACCUAAUGGGCUGUUGUUUGCCCACCCUUCCAUUACAGAUACUUAAUCCUAUGUUAAAAUAGUGGUUAAUGUCAAAAGGACUGGAACUUUGAAAGUUCAGUGCAUCAAGUCAUUCCUAGGGGCACAGAUAUUUGUAGAACACUGAAUCAUUAGUAUCGCAUUUAUCCAGUCCUUACAUUGUUUCUGUCUAACUGAAUCAGAAGUUGCUUACUGCAUAUAGAAGGACAUCAGAUUUCUCAGUCUACAAAAUUAGUGUAGUAAGUAAUUAAAAGAACAAUACUGUAAUUUUAUGGAGAAGGGAGUAAUACACUGAAGAAGACUCAUUUAGAGAUGUGGUCUGUAUGUAGAGGUGUCAGUUCUCUUCCUUACUUAUAAAUGUUUUUUUCAUACUGAAUAGUUUAUUCACCAUAAUGCUUUAUACUCGUACAUGUAAUCGCUUAUAUGUUGCUAAUGUGCCACAAUAUUUUCAUGUGAUGAGAGAAAAAAUAAGCCUUUAUUGUAAUAUGUAACAGUGUACAAUUUGUAUUUUCCAUCUGAUUGUUUUUCGUGCAUACCGAAGUCUACCCUUCAGUAUUCAGUAUUCAGUAUUGAGGGGGUGGGUUUCCCCAUGCACUUAGACCAGUUAUUGGUCCAUUGUGCG